ACUGCGUGUUUGUUUUUAUUGGUGUGCAAAAUUACAAAUAAAUAAUUAUAAAAUGGCACAAGGGAAAAUGAAAGUGAAAAGUAAAUUACCGUCAGGCGCAAAGACAAAGAAGGCGAAAGGCAAAGCCGUGACCAAAAGAAAUAAUGCGCCUGUGAAAAGCAAAGUGCAAGCUCUCGAACGAAACAAGAUGAAGAAUACUGUGACUAAGAUGGUGAAUGCUGCGGCUGAGAAGCAGCUGAGGUCGCUGGCGACGGACACCCCACAGCUGUCGGCAGCGCAGCAGCGAGUGGCCACAGCUCCCACUGCACCGGCCACCUCAAAAUAACCUCUUGUGAUUGGAAUAUACAAAUGUAAAUAUUGUUUAUAAGAAACAGGACUGAAUUAAAUACAUUAAAAGCUA